GGCUCCCGGUGGAGAGUGGCCAUUCCGAAUUCUGCAGUGGACUGCUCUGGCCUGCCUGACCCAGUGAGAGGCAAAGAAUGCACUUUCUCCUGUGCUUCUGGAGAGUAUCUAGAAAUGAAGAACCAGGUGUGCAGUAAGUGUGGUGAAGGUACCUAUUCUUUGGGCAGUGGCAUCAAAUUUGAUGAAUGGGAUGAGUUGCCAGCUGGAUUUUCCAACGUUGCAACGUUCAUGGACACUGUGGUCGGCCCUUCUGACAGCAGGCCAGAUGGCUGUAACAACUCUUCAUGGGUCCCUCGUGGAAACUACAUCGAGUCAAAUCGUGAUGACUGCACGGUAUCUUUGAUCUAUGCUGUGCACCUUAAGAAGUCGGGUUAUGUCUUCUUUGAGUACCAGUAUGUGGACAACAACAUCUUCUUUGAGUUCUUUAUUCAGAAUGAUCAGUGCCAGGAGAUGGACACCACCGCAGACAAGUGGGUAAAACUCACAGACAAUGGAGAAUGGGGCUCUCAUUCUGUGAUGCUGAAGUCAGGCACCAACAUACUGUACUGGAGGACCACUGGCAUCCUGAUGGGCUCGAAGGCCGUCAAGCCAGUUUUGGUAAAAAAUAUCACAAUUGAAGGGGUGGCCUACACGUCAGAAUGCUUUCCGUGCAAGCCAGGGACCUUCAGCAACCAACCAGGCUCAUUCAUCUGCCAAGUCUGUCCCAGAAACACCUACUCGGAGAAAGGAGCCAAAGAAUGCAUUAAGUGUGAAGAGGACUCCCAAUUUUCAGAGGAAGGGUCCAGCGAAUGUAUGGAGCGACCUCCCUGUACCACAAAAGACUAUUUCCAGAUCCAUACUCCAUGUGAUGAAGAAGGAAAGACGCAAAUUAUGUACAAAUGGAUAGAGCCCAAAAUCUGCCGGGAGGAUCUCACAGAUGCUAUUAGGUUGCCCCCUUCUGGAGAGAAGAAGGAUUGUCCACCUUGCAACCCUGGCUUUUAUAACAAUGGAUCAUCUUCUUGCCAUCCCUGUCCCCCUGGAACGUUUUCGGAUGGAACAAAGGAGUGUAGGCCAUGCCCAGCUGGAAUGGAGCCUGCGCUUGGGUUUGAAUACAAAUGGUGGAAUGUCCUUCCUGGCAACAUGAAAACUUCCUGCUUUAAUGUUGGGAAUUCAAAGUGUGACGGAAUGAAUGGAUGGGAGGUGGCUGGAGAUCAUAUCCAGAGUGGGGCUGGAGGUUCAGAUAAUGAUUACCUGAUCUUAAACUUGCAUAUCCCAGGAUUUAAACCACCAACAUCUAUGACUGGAGCCAUGGGUUCUGAACUCGGAAGAAUAACAUUUGUCUUUGAGACCCUCUGUUCAGCUGACUGCGUUCUAUAUUUCAUGGUGGAUAUUAAUAGAAAAAGUACCAAUGUGGUGGAAUCAUGGGGUGGAACCAAAGAAAAACAAGCUUAUACCCACAUCAUCUUCAAGAAUGCAACAUUCACAUUUACAUGGGCAUUCCAGAGAACUAAUCAGGGCCAAGAUAAUAGACGGUUCAUCAAUGACAUGGUGAAGAUUUAUUCUAUCACUGCCACUAAUGCAGUUGAUGGGGUGGCGUCCUCAUGCCGUGCCUGUGCCCUCGGUUCUGAACAGUCGGGCUCAUCGUGUGUCCCCUGCCCCCCAGGCCACUACAUUGAGAAAGAAACCAACCAGUGCAAGGAGUGUCCACCUGACACCUACCUGUCCAUACAUCAGGUCUAUGGCAAGGAGGCUUGUAUUCCAUGUGGGCCUGGGAGUAGAAGCACUCAGGACCACUCAGUUUGCUAUAGUGACUGCUUUUUCCACCAUGAGAAAGAAAAUCAGAGUUUGCACUAUGACUUCAGCAACCUCAGCAGCGUGGGCUCGUUAAUGAAUGGACCUAGCUUUACCUCCAAGGGAACAAAAUACUUCCAUUUCUUCAAUAUUAGUUUGUGUGGGCAUGAGGGGAAGAAGAUGGCUCUUUGUACCAACAAUAUAACAGACUUCACUGUAAAGGAAAUGGUGUCAGGGUCAGAUGAUUACACAAAUUUGGUAGGAGCAUAUGUAUGCCAGUCAACUAUUAUUCCUUCUGAGAGUAAGGGUUUCCGAGCAGCCUUAUCAUCACAAUCCAUCAUUCUGGCAGAUACAUUUUUAGGAGUGACCGUUGAAACCACAUUGCAAAAUAUUAAUAUAAAAGAAGAUAUGUUCCCAGUUUCACCUAGCCAAAUACCAGAUGUGCAUUUCUUUUAUAAGUCUUCUACAACUACAACGUCUUGUGUUAAUGGCCGAUCAACUGCUGUGAAAAUGAGGUGCAAUCCUACUAAACCAGGAGCAGGAGUGAUUUCAGUCCCCAGCAAGUGCCCAGCAGGCACCUGUGAUGGGUGCACAUUCUAUUUUCUGUGGGAGAGUGCGGAAGCUUGCCCUCUAUGCACCGAGCAUGACUUCCAUGAGAUCGAGGGAGCCUGUAAGAGAGGACUUCAGGAAACCUUAUAUGUAUGGAAUGACCCUAAGUGGUGCAUUAAAGGAAUUUCUUUGCCUGAGAAAAAGUUGUCAACCUGCGAAACAGUUGACUUUUGGCUGAAAGUUGGAGCAGGUGUGGGAGCUUUCACUGCGGUUUUGCUGGUGGCUCUAACUUGCUACUUCUGGAAAAAGAAUCGGAAACUGGAGUACAAAUAUUCCAAGUUAGUGAUGACAACUAACUCAAAAGAGUGUGAGCUCCCAGCUGCAGACAGUUGUGCUAUCAUGGAAGGAGAAGAUAAUGAGGAAGAAGUUGUAUAUUCCAAUAAACAGUCACUACUGGGAAAACUCAAAUCCUUGGCAACGAAGGACCUCCUUUGUUGUUAUUAUAUGGCCAAAGAAUUGAAAACUUGAAAGGUACCUGAGAAAAAUCACAGGAAGCGAGAUGGAGGACAAAGUCUUUCUCCCUGAGAAGGCUCAGUACACCUAAUUGCAUUUUGAAUAGCAAUUUUAAUUGACAGAAUAAUUUAAAAAUCAUUUAAAUGAAAAUAUAAAAUGCUAUGGAAAAGCUGAAAGAAUUAUACAGUGGUACAGUCAUAUACUCACCACCCAAAUUUUACGUGUGAUUUCUUACCUAUCUUUAUAAAUCUCUAUCCUUCUAUUCAUUUAUCAAUACAUCUUUUUUUUCUGAUGCCUGUCAAAGUAAGCUGUGGAAUUCAAUACAUUUUAUGCCCACACACUUCUGGAAACAUAUAAUUGAUGAGAGAAUUCAAUAUUUCAAGUUUUUUUCUAAGGGACAGUGUUUACAUAGAGUGAAAUGCCCACAUAACAAGUAUGCAAUUUGAUGAAUGUUGAGAAGUGCAUAUGCUUGUAUCACCCCAAAUCCUAUCAAUAAAUAGGAUGUCAGCCUCACCCUUGAAAGCUGACUCAUGUCCUUUUGCAGGCAAUCGAUCCCCAUCCUCAUUCCCAAAGAGGAAAUCACUGUAGUAAUCUUCUUAAACUGUAGAUUCAUUUUGUCUGUUUUAGAACUUUAUAUAAUUGUAGUUACAUGGUGUGUAAUAUUUGUGUAAGUUUUCUUUCACUCAGGAAAAUGUUUUUGAGAUUUAUCUACUCUCUGUUAGACAGUAGUAGAUUCAUUUUUAUUCAAGAGUAGUAUUCUAUUAGAUGGAUAUGCCAAUAUUUGUUUACCCAUUCUCCUCUUGAUGACUACUUGUGCUAUUCCCAGUAUCUAGCUAUGAAUAAAAUGGCUAUGAAUAUCAUUGGACAAAUCUUAA